AUGUCGCGCCUCCCAUCCCUCGCCCGGCGCCUGGCCAGACCGUCUUCCGUCGUGCACCAACGCACUCUCCCCUCUGCACCACUAUCCUCUGCACCACUGUCCUCUGCCUACCGCGCUUCAUAUGCUACAGGCCCCUUUGGCCACUACCCGUCGCCGCCGCGCCUUCCGGCCGAGGAGCAAGCCGAGUUCGAGCGCCUGCAGCGCACCGCCAACACGCAGGAAUCGCUAGACCCAGCAGACCGACCCUUGUCGUCAUCGUUAACGGACCAAGAAGAAGCCGCUGCUCAGCAGCAGAUCAAUCCAUCACCCUCUCCAGACGUUCAAUCUCCAGUGGCACGCGAAGCCCUCUCGAAUCAGGCAACGCUGGGCGAGGUUUCGAAUCUACCGCUGCGCAAGGGCGCCCCGCCGGAAUUCGAAGGCGAGGUCAACCCCAAGACGGGUGAGGUCGGAGGGCCCAAGAACGAGCCACUCAGAUGGGGCAGCGCAGGCGACUGGAGCUACAAUGGCAGGGUGACUGACUUCUAA